AUUUCUUGUACCAUCGUGUAAAGGCGUUUGUCCGAACAGCUUUUGACUCGGCAGUUUCGUUGCAAUCCGGUUAGACGUCUCAUUGCUAGCUUGCACUCAAUACCGUUGUAUCGUACAAAAUGGCCAUAGAACAGGUUUUGGAGAGUGUUCGCGUUGAGGGCUUCAACUCGUCGGAUGUGUUUGAGCUAGUGCAGCAAACUUUGGCCGAAAACGGAGCCGAACUUACCAAGAAGGUGGGAGGAGUCCUCCUUGUCAAAGUGACGGGAAAGAAGAAAGUUGAAGUGUCGUGGAUAAUUGAUGCGAAAAAUAACAAUGGCUCCGUUAGGAUUGCUGAACCCGAGGCCAAAGGAGAUACGACAAUCAGCAUAUCGGACGAUGAUUUAAUGAAGCUAUUUAAUGGAACUUUGACUGCAGCUAGAGCUUUGCUAACAAGACGCAUUAAAGUGCAAGGAGACAUGGGCCUUGCUAUGAAACUGCAGAGCCUGGCCAAUAAUCCUCCACUACCAUUGCAAGCCAAGUUGUAGGAUUUUUUUAAAAAAGCCUAUUAGAAUCUUAGCACAACCAAUUGGAAUGUUCUUUUUCAGACUUCAAGUUUCAAUGCAGGGCUAAUCAAUAGAUAUUUUUCCGAAA